CAGCUGUCAGUUAGAGUUUCCAUUUUUGGUUUUUGUGUUGAAGUUCCGCAAAAGUUUGUAAAAUCAAAGAAAAUGGCUAUUAGUUUAUUGAAUCCAAAAGCCGAGGUUGCUAGGGCUGCCCAAGCUUUAGCUGUUAAUAUUACUGCGGCAAAAGGGAUUUCAGAUGUUAUGAAAUCGAACUUGGGUCCUAAGGGUACAAUGAAAAUGUUGGUCUCUGGUGCCGGUGACAUCAAAAUUACCAAAGAUGGAAAUGUACUCUUACAUGAAAUGCAGAUUCAACAUCCUACUGCAUCUUUAAUCGCCCGUGCUUCUACUGCCCAAGAUGAUAUGACUGGUGAUGGGACUACAUCUACAGUUUUAGUUAUAGGAGAGCUUCUCAAACAAGCAGAUAUAUACAUAGCCGAAGGUCUGCACCCAAGAAUACUUACUGAAGGAUUCGACAAAGCCAGAGUAAAAGCUUUAGAAGUUCUGGAGAAAAUAAAGAUUCCCGUGGAGAUUAAUAAGGAAAUAUUAACUGAUGUUUGUAAGACAAGUUUGAGAACUAAGUUGCAUCAAAAUUUGGCUGAUCUCCUCACAGAUGUUUGUGUGGAUGCAGUUUUGGCUAUCAGACAGCCUGACAAACCCGUUGAUCUACACAUGAUUGAACUGAUGGAAAUGCAACAUAAGACAGAAACAGAUACCCAAUUGGUUAAAGGUUUGGUCCUCGAUCACGGUUCUCGUCACCCCGAUAUGCCGAAAAGUCUGAAGAAUUGUUACAUACUGACGUGCAACGUUAGCAUGGAAUACGAAAAAAGCGAAGUCAAUUCGGGUUUCUUCUACAAAACCGCAGAAGAGAGAGAAAAGUUGGUUUCGGCCGAACGAGAAUUUAUCGAACAAAGGGUUAAGAAAGUUGUCGAAUUGAAGAAAUCUCUUUGCAACGGUACAGAUAAGACGUUCGUUGUCAUUAAUCAAAAAGGCAUUGACCCCAUGAGCUUGGACAUGCUCGCCAAGGAAGGAAUAAUCGCUCUUAGAAGAGCUAAAAGACGUAACAUGGAGCGCUUGGCUUUGGCGUGCGGCGGUAUAGCCAUGAACAGUUUCGAUGAUUUACAGGAAUCUCAUCUCGGACGUGCCGGACACGUUUAUGAACACGUUUUGGGCGAGAACAAAUACACGUUCGUCGAGGAUUGCAAAGUGCCCCAGUCGGUUACUAUUUUGAUGAAAGGACCCAACAAGCACACACUGCUGCAGAUCAAGGACGCCGUUAGGGACGGAUUGAGGGCCAUCAACAAUACUAUCGAAGAUAAAGCGGUUAUUCCAGGUGGUGGUGCCUUCGAAGUGACUGCCAACAAGGAACUGUUGGCCUACAAAGACGAGAUCAAAGGCAAAGCUCGUCUGGGCGUGGCAGCUUAUGCCGAAGCUCUUUUGGUGAUUCCAAAAACGUUGGCUGUUAAUUCCGGUUUCGAUGCACAGGACACCAUCGUUAAGCUCCAGGAAGAGGCACGUUUGAAUCCGGAACCGAUCGGUUUGGAUUUAACGUCCGGGGAACCCAUCAACCCCAAAGAUUCUGGCAUUUAUGACAACUACGUGGUCAAGAAGCAAAUUAUGAAUUCGUGUUCGAUCAUAGCCAGCAACCUGUUACUCGUCGACGAGAUUAUGAGGGCGGGAAUGAGUAGCUUGAAGGGUUAA